UUUUUUUCAAUUCCUUGACUCGACAAAACCCCAACUACACUCCUCUUCAGAUAGUCAUAUUCCAUGGGCAUUCUCAACCCAGUCUGCACUGCAACAGAUGGUAUCCGAGUGUUCGCACUUGCAUAUGCUUCCAGCUAUAGCGACGUAUCUUCUAGUUAUAAUAUCUUGAUCAAGUCGAACGACUAUCCGCAUGAAAACGUCCAGGACAUGACCUGGUCUUUAGUCAGUGCUGUUCCCCGUGAUCAAUACUAUUACCUCAGUGAAGAUAAUAUCAAUGGUCGUGGAUAUGGUUGUGCAGUCGAUAAUAAAGGGGUCUUUACGGCUCUAGCACGAAUAUCACAGCAAUCCAAGUCUGCUCCACGCGACGCAGUUGUUAGAGGGAUCCAAUAUACACCUGGUAAUGCAGGAGCAGAAGGCACAUGGAAGAACAUCGAUACCUCCCAGCCGUAUGUUUGGCUCGAAUCUACCAGUGCUCAUCUGUACAACUUGAUGGAUCCAGUAACAAAGCAAAUAACCUUGAUGCACGCCUCUGUCUCGACUCAAGGAAACGAUACUGGAAUCAUGAUGGCCUCGUUCAAUCCUGCCACCAACACCAUGGAACAAAAUGCAGUCCCUUGGAAGUUGCCCUAUGUCACUAGGUCUCUUACAUUCGGAGGGAACAACGCCCUUCUCGCCUUAGGACAGAACUUAACAUCAGUUUGGAAUCUUGAAUCUUUCUUCGUAACAAAAGUCCUGCUUACACCUGGAUCUGUGACAAUGCCGAACCCUCCAACACUCAGGCAUAUUGUGGCAUAUGAUUUAGUGGACGAGUGCCUUGCGAAUUACUCCGACGUCAACAUGUGGCCAUUAAAGGAUGGCGCUGUGCUAUCUUGCAGAUCUAAAGCUCCUGGAGCUGUCAUGACUGAGGUAUUUACAACGGACGGGGCUAACAAAGUUACCCAACUCACGAUUUCUGGGUUUGCAGGCUUAUUUGACAAUGUACGUACGAUCCUGCUUGUCCAGGGAUCAGCCAGUCCGUUCUUGUUCAUGUACAACAGUUCUGGUAUCUAUGGUAUUGCUCUAGAAGUGAGUACAGAAUCCAAAUGGGCCAGCUCAUCGACCAGAAUCAACAUUCCGGAUCAGUAUGGCCUUGACAUAGGUGGAUCUUCACCUUCCGAUGGUCCCUCGGCUGGGAAACCUCGACCAAGCAAUGAUAUUUCAGAUAAACAUGAAAGCACCAGUAAUGGAGGUAUGAUUGGAGGAGUGUGUGCAGGCAUUGUAGUGGUUGCUGCAGUUGUAGUAUUCCUAUUUAUGCGUAAGCGGCGACAACAGAACAAGGGCGCCAAGAGCGCGUCCAAAGGCUUGGCAGGUUCAGAAGGUAGUAAUACAGGCUUGGAAGGCAACAACUUGCUCCCACUACAGCCACCUAUCGAGCGGGCCAUGAAGUCGGAUGUCACAGACUCAUGUGGACCACAUGCAGUACCUCCAGUACCUGUUCACGAUCCUCAUGGAAGUCAAGUAGUCUCACCUUUGGAUAGUGACGCCUUGGGUCUACCACCAGCUCAUCCAUCCUCGGAUCCUACUAUACCAGUACCAUUAUAUUGGGAGCCGAAGCCUUUUAUUCCUCCUAGGCCAAGCAAUAUCAGCAGCAACAGCGAUAAUAAUAAUCGCACCAAUAACAAUAACGGCGAUCAAAGCACAAAUGCGAGCACUGCUUUACCUUCAACAUCGACUCUCUCAAAUGUACCACGAUUCUGGGAACCCAAACCAUUUAUUCCGCCGACCCGAAACAACAACAAUAGUAAUAAUGACUUUAAUAAUAGCAAUAACAAUAUUGUAAACAAUCAUAACAGUAAUUCACCAUUAAUACCAACGGUGUCGGCCUUGGCGCAAGGGCCCUCAACAGAGAGCCUUCAGUCGUCGGAAGUCUAUGCCGAGCGGCGAAAUUCACCGUUACAUAGAGCUCCUGCUAUUCCUCACCACUCAAGACCGAACGGGCUUUAGUCGUGAAAAAACCAAGGCUUCUUAUUC